AUGGGACAGCGAGUGACAAAAGUGAGUCCGAUGAAGUUUGGGGAGGUGUACGAUCAACAUCCUAGUACACCCCCAAAACCCAGCACCAACACGGAGCUUCAACAUCCUCAUCCCCGCGAUGAGAGCCCUGUUGGAGAGGAAGGAGAGGAAGGAGGAGGAGUAGAGGAACGAGGAGGAGAGAAAGGAGGAGGAGGAGGAGAGGGAGGAGAGGAGGAGGAGGAGGCAAAGGAUAGGAAGGAGGAGGAGAAAGGGAGGAAGGAGGCAGAGAGAGUGAAGGAGAAAAGGAAGAGCAAGAAGUGGUGGCGGAGGCUGCGCUCUUUCUUCAGAGCGGCCAAAAAAACCCCAGAGAGCAGCUCAGGUCAGAGAGAGCAGGAGCAGCAGCAGGAUGAGGGACAGAAGAGGAAGGUGGCAUGGGCAGGAAGAACUAGUGAUGACUACAUCUUCAGUCGCUACACCAUUGGUGAUCAGCUGGGGAAAGGUGGUUGUGGGGUGGUGUACGAAGGCAGACGUUUAAAUGAUGAUCUUAAAUUAUUUUUUGUUCAUCAGGUGGCUUUGAAAUAUGUCAUGAAGACCCAGCACACAGAAAGUAUAUUCAUUCCUGAUCAUCCGAAACCUCUUCCGAAAGAGAUCGCCCUCACCAUCCUGGCCAACAAAGGUCCCAGCGUACCAGAAAUCAUCCGGCUGCUGGACUGGACGGACCACCCUGACCACUUCGUCAUGGUCCUCGAAUGUCCCUCUCCCUGUGAGAGUCUCGUGGGGUUCAUCAGGCGUCACGGUGGACAACUCGAGGAAGAAACAACACGGCAGAUCAUGUGGCAGACGGCUCACGCAGCAAACGUGUGCCGCCUCCGUGGAGUGUUCCACCGUGACGUCAAACUUGACAACCUCUUGAUAAACAGGGAGACAUCCGAAGUCAAGCUGAUUGACUUCGGAUGCGGGGACAUUCUGAGGAGGACACCAUACAGGUCAUAUUCUGGCACAGCAGUGUACUCCCCUCCAGAGUACCACAGCAGGGGCAAGUACUACGGUGGGCCGGCGACGGUCUGGUCACUAGGGAUUGUGAUGUUUGCAAUGUUGUGUGGACGCUUCCCUAGUGACCAUGACCUGUUCCUCCUGCAGUGCAAGCGCUGGCCCAAACCCGGCCUGUCAAAAGAAUGCGGUGAACUCCUCAGGGCUCUCCUCCAUGAGAAGCCAAGCCGGAGAAUAGGUCUGGGGCGAAUCAUGUCCCACAACUGGUUUAAGGUCAUCUCAUAAGACCACUCCAGCUGGUGUCUCUUGUGCAGCUGUGCGUCUUGCGGGCUGCAGCAGGAGACACUUCCAUCCCUCCUCUCGCCUUUGCGUCUUGCGGGGCGAGAAAGCCUUGCGUAGCGUCUUGCACCUUGGCUUCAGGAAGCAGUAUUUGCGUCUGGCGGUACUGCUUCCGGAGGGAUGUGUACAUACUUCUUUUAGUUGCACCUUUUUGUUUUUCUCAUCAUGACCACUCCAUUCCUGAGCUUCCUGCCUCCACUGUCCAAAUGCAAGAGUCUCCGUUGUCUCUCCUGUUCUCUGCCAUCCAGAAAGCCAAAGAUACCAAAGAGGUUCCCGCUAUGGCUGCUCCGCACCUGUCAUAGACACCCCAGUCUAUAUGUCAUUGCCUCCUUAGAAGUUCCUGAAAAAGCCCAAGCCAAAGACAGCCCCAAAGGCAGUCUCAGUCCACAGCCACCCUGGGCUCCAGUCUCCCAGUCAUCCCUAUACAGGCCCAGAGGUGUCUUUCAGAGGGUACUUCUUCCACAGCCAGAAAUCAAAGCAUCUCAGUUCAAGAGCUCACAGCCCAGCCACUUUGGUCUCCAAGCUCCCUUCAUCUGGCAUUGCUUCUUGGUCCAGUUAUUCCUGUUACAGCUGGCAAAGAUGGUCCUGUUUUAGGCGCCAUGGUCUCCAAGCU